UUUCAUUAUCUUGUUCACCCCCCACAUUCCUAAAGUGAACUUGCAUCAUGAUCUCCAACGUUAAAUUUCAAAAGCUCGUCGUGGCGUUUAUUUUGAUCAUCACGAACGGCACAGUAAUCUCUGCUUUAUGUUUUCCGAGUCUGGCGAUAUCAAUCAUAGCCAUCUCCAUGGUGGCAACAUGGAUCUUUCCCCUCGUCGUCGUCAUUGUAUCUCCUGACAUCUCUCGUAGCAAUGCUACAAUUCAAGUAUUUGGGAGUUUGUUUAUCAUGCUGUUGACAUUCGAGAUCAUGGUCUGGCAACAUAAUAGUACAUCUCAAGUUGAGGUUGAAGGGUUUACGGGACUCGGACAUUUUCUGCUGUUAUUGACCGGAGGGUCAUUAUUCUUCAUCUACUCGAUGAAAGUUGCGUACAAGGCAAAUCCGGACACGAGGGAGCUUCAUGCAAACUUUUUUGGUUGCCCAGAAGUCGUCCGUCAGUGUCUCAAGGCGCUUCGCAUUCGCCGCCAACAUGUAAGUGAUCCGGAAUAUCAGCUUCUACCACAGGAGAAACCUCGCGAUUUUUCAUCAGAGCCCAAGUCCAGGUCUCUUGACGAGACAGAUUCCAUCGCAGUCUCCAGUCCCCGAAUUGACAACUUCGUCAGCUGAUAGUCAAGGCCAGCGUCAGCGCAGGCCGCCUACUUGAAGCACUCUUUCCAUCAUUUCCCCUGAAUCCUCACGAGACCACGGCUUCAAUCAAAACUGGAGCUCAAAGUCAGUGGUACUUCUAUCAUGUACUCGUAGUAAGGACUGCCUGUAUUUACUGCCUUACAACGACAUUCGCCCUUAGCCGUCGUUGUUCGUGCAUUGGUAC